UUGAAUUCGAUUUGGACUUUUGGAGAUUUUAAGGAUUUUACAUAAUAGAGCACACACUAUGCUUUAAAAUGUUGUCUAGUAGAAUAUACAGGCAUAAAUCGUGCCAUUUGUUAAUAUCCAGGAACACAAGUACUACAAAUGACGCAAAAUCAAUGCAAACACCGAAUCCCACCAAAAUCAACAGUGACAUGGUUGGACCCCCUGAUCCUGUGUCGAAUUUACGAAAGGUUAUUUACAAACAGCCUGCGAAUGAGACGGAUCUAGAGAAAAGGUACAGGGAGCUCCGGAUGGAAAUACAGAAAUGGAACCACAACUUUUGGACACAACACAAUUCAAGAUUCUUUCAGGAACGAGAAGAUUACCUCAAAAAGAACCUACCUGAAGGGAAACAAAACUUGACGGCUGAUGAGAUGAGCGUCUUCUACAAAGCCUUCUUGGACAAGAACUGGACAACGCACAUUAGUUAUAACAUAGAGUGGUACAAGAAAAAUUUUACUUUGCUAGGUUUAGCCAUACAAGUGAAACUUAAAAGAUUAUUUAGAUUAAAAAGCAAUAAUUAGUUA